AUGGCACCUCAGCCGCGGAUGCAAAUCCCCGGGCAUUACUACGAUGAGGCAAAGGGUAAAUAUUUCAAAAUCGAAAAGGGCGCCUCGGCACCGCAAACCGCCGCUUGGUCCGCCGACAAUGUCAAGCGCCGGAAGCUCCAGCACCGUGAGGCCGAGGCCGUCGCCACCCGUCAGGAGCGGCUGAAGCGGCACAUUGUCCGCUCAGCCGCGUUGCGGCACCCUCUCCUCGGCGGGAUCUUGGACGUCGAGCUCGGCAUGCGUCGUGAGAGGAGGCUGCGUGCUGAUGGCGGGUUCGGCGUUGAGGACGUCCCUGCCGUGGCGUGGGCCAAGGGGCUCGUCGACAAGGGCGAGGUGCCGUUCGUGCCCAGCUUUGCGAGGCAGAGUUUUCCAAAUAUUCCGUGUUUUUAUGUUGGCGGCGAUGAUGAAAAGACGGGGCUCGGGGUUGCGUAUGCGACUUUGGAUGAGGAGACGUUGAUAGGUUCUUACAUUCCCAUGGAUGACAACGACAGAAUAUCCUUCAGCACUGAUGCCUCGAGCCGUCCUGAACGUCGCCUAUCCCACCGCCACGAAAUGAUAGGCUGUCCCCAGAUCUCAUCUAUUAACUAUCACCCACACUCACAUCGUAUAAUCGUCACAUCCCGCGAACCAAGUAACACAUGUGACAUCUACCUCUUCUCUCCUCCAAAAUCCGCUCCUGACGAUGACAGACCUCUCUGGUUGCUCGACAGAGCGAACAAUCUCCGUCACAUUUCCUUCAACACAGGCCGCCACGAAGGCGUCGUCAACCAGACGACGCCCGCACCGCCCUCUUCCUCCUCCCUGACUUGCAUCAUCGGCACAUCCUACGGCCUUCUCAAACUCACAUCCGACGAGCGCAUCCACUGGCUCGGCCCGCCACGCCCGCGCCCCGGCCCUGCCGAGGGCGACUUCUUUGACCAGACCUUUCUGCCCUCUAACCCCAACGUCCUCCUCGCCGGCGGCCGCAACCGCGACGUCAGGAUGAUUGAUCUGCGCGUCAAGUGGUCCGAGUGGGACAACAUCCCCGUCGGGCCCGCUGCGCACCUGAGGGCCGUCAACCCGCACCAGUUCCUCGCCGCGGGGCCCCGGUCGAGGAUGGCGCUCUACGACAUUCGGUACCGCAAGAAAAAGCCAAACGGCGCGCGGCCGGUCGUGGAGUUUCCGGGGUACCGGAACAAGGCGCACAUGCACUUUGGGUGGGACGUUGACGCGGCCUCGGGCGUCGUCGCCGCCGCUCACGACGACGGCGGCGUAGGCAUGUACUCGCUGCUCUCCGGGCGGAGGCUGCGGUGUGCCGCGGUGGAUGCCGUCGGGGCGAGGACGCCGGUCAAGAGUUUGCAGUUUCGGAGGAUGCCUGGGCGGAGACACGCGAGUUUGUUUGCUGGUGUUGGGCCGAAUCUGAAGAUGUUUUCGAUUGGGGCUGUAGGGGCGGAUGAUGAAUGUUGA